AGACGCGGGGUGCUUGCUGUCUCUGUUCUUCUGGGGGCUUCCCCAGAUUUGGGGGAGUUUUGAGGAUGGGUGGAACCGGGGCUCCCGGGCAGAGGGCGGCGAGAGGGAGGCGAGCGGGGAAAGCGGCCGACGCUCGCGGCGGGCGGGCGCAGACUGAUACACCUCGGGAAGCCGGGAGCUUGACCCACCAGCCCGAGAACCUGCUACCCCCUGCGUCCAGCUGCUUGGCCCCUGGAGACCGAGCUCGAUUCAGAGCCAGCAGACAUCACCCUUUCUUCCCAAACCUAGCUGUUUGUUUGUUUCUGUUGCUCUUCCUUCUCCCUUCUGUGCUCUCCCUCCCGUGCCCCCGGUUCCUCCGAUCUGUAUUGUCUCCAGAGCCGCAAACGUCUUACUCCUUCCGCGGCCUCCAGAUCUCCUCCUUUGCCAACCGCAGCUGGACGCGCACUGACUUCCUCGCGUGGCUGGGGGAGCUGCAGCUCUAUACUUGGCGCAAUGAGUCGGACACCGUCGGCUUCCUGAAGCCUUGGUCUCAGGGCACAUUCAGCGAGCAGCAUUGGGAGCAGCUGCAGCAUACGUUUCAGGUUUAUCGCAGAAGCUUCACCAGGGACGUCUGGGAAUUCGUCAAAAUUCCCAGCGACUAUCCUCUUGAGAUCCAGAUAUCUUUAGGAUGUGAGUUACUUCCGAGGAACACCUCCAAAAGCUACUUACGUGCAGCAUCUCAAGGAAAGGAUGUCCUGAGUUUCCAAGGAAUGUCUUGGGUGCCAGCCCCAGAUGCCCCCCCUUGGCUCCAGGAGUUCUGCAAGGUGCUCAAUCGGGACCAAGGGACCAAGGAAACAGUGCACUGGCUCCUCCAUGACGUCUGGCCCGAAUUGGUCAGAGGCCUGUUGCAGACGGGGAAGUCCGAGCUGGAGAAGCAAGUGAAGCCGGAGGCCUGGCUAUCCAGUGGGACCCCUCCCCGGCCUGGCCGCCUGCGGCUGGUCUGCCACGUCUCAGGAUUCUACCCAAAACCCGUGCGGGUGACGUGGGUGAGGGGCGAGCAGGAGGAGCCUGGCACUCAGCAAGGAGACGUCAUGCCCAACGCUGACUCGACUUGGUAUCUGCGAGUAACCCUGGAUGUGGAGGCUGCGGAGGCGGCUGGCCUGAGCUGCCGAGUGAAGCACAGCAGCCUGGGAGACCAGGACAUCAUCCUGUACUGGGAUGGGAACCCUGCCUCCACGGGCUUGAUUGUCGUCCUGGUAAUACUGGUGGUGUUUGUCCUUCUGGUUGUUGGAGGUUUCGUCUUCUGGUUUAGGAAGUACCGCCGCUAUCAGGAUAUCCCGUGACUCUCCUCCCCACACCUAUCUGUCUGGACUUCAGGAUCUCUGGGCUUUAGCCCUCAGAAUUUGAAGGUGAAAGAUCUACCUUGAAGAAGCAGAGAGAGAAACCUUUGCAAUAUUUGGGGUGUUGUUCAGUUGCUCAGUUGUGUCUGAUUCUUUGUGACCCCAUCAGUUCAGUUCAGUUGCUCGGCAUACCAGGCUUCCCUGUCCUUCUCCAUCAUCUGGAGCUUACUCAAACUCAUGUCCAUUGAGUCAGUGAUGCCAUCCAACCAUCUCCUGCUCUGUUGUCCCCUUCUCCUGACUUCAAUCUUUCCUCACAUUAGGGUUUUUUGUAAUGAGGCAGCCAAAUACUGGAGCUUCAGCUUCAGCAUCAGUUCUUCCAAUGAAUAUUUUGGGUUGAUUUCCUUUAGGAUUGAUUGGUUUGAUCUCUUUGCAGUCCAAGGGACUCUCAAGAGUCUUUUCCACCACCACCGUUCAAAAACAUCAAUUCUUCGGCACUUACCGUUCUUUAAGGUCCAACUCUCACAUCCACACAUAACUACUGGAAAAACCAUAGCUUUGACUAGAUGGAUCUCUGCUGGCCAAGUACCGUCUUUACUUUUUAAUAUGCUCUCUAGGUUUGUCAUAGCUUUCCUUCCAAAGAGCCAGCAUCUUGAUUUCAUGGCUGCAGUCACCAUCUGUAGUGAUUUUGUGUGGGAACCAUGUUUUACUGAUUUCUCAGAAAUACCUCCUGGAAUUUAAUACUCAUUUUCUCUUCCUUGCUUGCUCUCCCCCACCCUUAAUUUAGACAUUCUGAGUGACACGUCAGCAUUAGCUAGAUGCUGUUCUGUACACAGAACAAACCUGCUUAUCUUCAAAGACCUUUCCUACUAGUCUUAUAUGAUUACCUCCUGACCUCCAGGAGAAAGCCUCCUUGAUCCCUGAAUUCUAGUCUCUGUCUUGCUUUCCUGCUCAUACUUAAAGAUUACAAGAUAAGUUACCAAUAAAAUAUGUGCUCAGCA